CAACUUUGUCCUUCCUAUUCUAUUUCUUCCCCUCUCUCGAUUUACGCAAUCAAUCUUUCGUCCAAAUUCAGUCCAAUAUAUAUUUUCUCUCUCCACUCUCUCACCUGUGAUCUGAGUCAACUCGCUCGUUAAUUUUGCGGACUCACGUAUUUCAGUGAAGAGUGGUGGCGGAGGAAAGAUGAGUCUGGUUUAUGAAGGAUAUGAAAGGCAGUACUGUGAGCUGUCUGCAAAUUUGUCGAGAAAAUGCAAUUCUGCUGCUGUUCUUCCUGAUGGAGAGAAAAAGAAACAAGAAGUUUCUGUAAUACAAGCAGGAUUGGACGAUGCUGAUGUUCUGAUUCGGAAAAUGGAUCUCGAGGCUAGAAGUUUGCAGCCAAGUGUGAAAGCCACUUUACUUGCUAAGCUUAGGGAAUAUAAAUCUGAUCUGAAUAAGUUGAAAAGAGAAGUGAAGAAACUGACUAUGCCUAAUUCCAAUCAGCCCGCACAUGAAGACUUAGAAUCUGGAAUGGCUGGUGCCCAUGAGGCGAAUGCAAAUCAAAGGGAUAGAUUGACGAUGUCAACUGAGAGGCUGAACCAAUCGAGUGACAGAAUAAGGGAGAGUCGGAGAACUGCACUGGAAACAGAAGAGCUUGGAGUGUCAAUCCUUGAAGAUUUGCAGCAGCAACGUGAAACUCUCUUACAUUCUCACAAGAAGCUUUACGAUGUGGACAGCGCCAUUGAUAGGAGUAAAAAGGUAUUGACUUCAAUGUCUCGAAGGAUUAGCAGGAAUAAGUGGAUCGUCGGCGCUGUAAUUGCUGCACUUAUCCUGGCGAUUAUUGUCGUCAUGUACUUCAAAUUUUUUCACUGAUUUGCAAAACUUGAUUAUGUGUGUACCCUUAUUAUACCAUGUGUCUUGAGAUGUGAUUGCUCGUGUAUUGUUUGAAAACGAUGUUGUACAGCAUGAUUGUUCCUUUAAAUGAUUUUAAUUCAAGUUGCUAUGAUACACGUCGCCUUUUUCUAGUU